AUGUUCUACAAACGAAUAAAUGACUAUAUACUUCUAUGUAUGCUCAUUGCCUUCUUAACUAUUUCAAUAUCUAAAGCAAAAUACUUCAAAUGCAAUGUUGCAGCUUGCGAACGAUGCGUGUUAAGCGAACAAAUUUCUUUGAAUGAAUGUUGUUCAAAUCCUUCGAUUCAUGAUGUUUGUAAUUUUUGUGAUCAAAACUCUGAAACAGAGAUCGAUAUAUCUGAUUGUCUUUCGACCUAUUUUCGAAUUAUGCUAAAAAGACGAGGAAUGAUUGGCAAACGUCGAGGUUUUAUGGGUUAA